UGUUGAUGUGACCCACACUGUGGCAGUACUCUGAUUAAUGACAGUCAUGUGGUGAAAGGCAACAAGAAUGACCAUUACUGUAAGGCUGCGUGAAAAGAUAUCGCAGGCAUUCUACAACUACGGCCUCUUCUGUGCAUCUUACCCCAUCCCCAUCAUCUUUUUCACCGCUGGCUGUAUCUUAACAUGCUGUUAUCCGUUAUUGAAGCUACCUCUGCCAGGAACGGGGCCAGUGGAGUUUACAACACCUAUCAAGGAUUACACCGCGCCCCCCAUCGAAGCAAACCGUGGACCCAGCGAGCAGAGUGAUAGACCAGAUUGGUAUUUCGGGCCUCCAGUUGCAUAUAUACAACAGAUAUUCGUCAAGGCCAUUGUGUCUCCUUGGAACAAGCACUUAUUCGCUGUGGACGUCUUUCGUGCCCCUCUCUCCAAAGUGUUUCAGCUGGUGGAAGAAGUGAGAAACCACGUCUUUGAAGACAGCGCUGGCACGAAAAGCCUCGAACACAUCUGCCUCCAGGUCACCGAUCUACUUCCUGGGUUAAAGAAGUUACAGGGUGUACUUCCUGAACAUGGCUGCCUCCUUAUCUCUCCUGCCAACUUUUGGAAGAACAGUCGCGAUCACUUUGAUUCUGAUCCGGACAUCAUCGGCACCAUUCACCAACAUGAACCGAAGACUCUGCAGACAUCUGCUUCACUCAAAGACUUGCUGUUUGGAGUGCCGGGGAAGCACAGUGGAGUCAGCUUACACAACCGUAAACGCGUGGUCUCCUACGCCAUCACCAUCAUCCUGCAGCAAUACCACUCCAGAUUUCUGAAGAGUCUUCGAUGGAGAUUGAAGCAACUUCACCCGAGUGCCAACAUCACAUUGAGGGAAGAUCAGAUCGUCCACGUCCAUUUUAAAGAAGAAAUUGGCAUUGCUGAGUUGAUUCCUCUGGUCACUACCUACAUCAUUCUGUUUGCAUACAUCUACUUCUCUACCAGGAAGAUCGACAUGGUGAAAUCAAAAUGGGGUCUGGCUCUUGCAGCAGUGGCCACUGUUCUGAGUUCCCUUCUUAUGUCAGUUGGUUUAUGCACACUCUUUGGCCUUACACCGACAUUGAAUGGAGGAGAGAUCUUCCCCUACCUAGUUGUGGUGAUUGGUCUGGAGAAUGUGCUUGUUCUCACCAAGUCUGUGGUCUCCACCCCUGUGGACCUGGAAGUCAAACUACGGAUAGCACAAGGUCUAAGCAAUGAAAGUUGGUCCAUAAUGAAGAACAUGGCUACUGAACUGCUGACAGCAUUUAUUGAUUGUUAUUUGUAUUUAUUUUUGUGAACUUUGUGACAGGAGUUUUGCUUAUUUGCUGUGGUUGGACUGGUAUCUGACUUCUUCCUUCAGAUGUGUUUCUUCACAACAGUGUUGUCCAUUGACAUUCGACGCAUGGAGCUUGCUGAUCUUAACAAGCGGCUUCCAGCAGAGGCUGUGCAGGAGAUCUCCGAUCAAAUGAGGCUGCCACGUUCCAAGUCAGUUCCAAGGCAGAAGAGGUAUGAGCGACAGGCUGCCCUGCAGUCUUCAGCCCCAUACACCAUCUCCCUGCAGCCGUCUUCUUUCAGAAACCUGCGGCUGCCGAAGAGACUGAGGGUGGUGUACUUCUUGGCCAGGACCCGACUGGCACAGAGAAUUAUCAUGGUGGGGACUGUGAUAUGGAUUGGGAUCCUGGUAUACACUGACCCAGCCGGCCUCAGGACCCUUUUAGCAGCGCAGGUGACCGAGCAGAGCCCGCUGGGGGAGAACGGCCUGGCCUCCAUCGCGGUUCCUCCGGGGGUCUUCCAGAGGGGGGACACUAAGGACAGCCUGCCGGGAUUCCCGCCCGACGUCAGCCCGGCGGGGCUGGAGAACCAGUCGCUCGACGGGGCCCAGACCAAGAAUCCCACCCCGCUGGACCCCUUACCCUUGCAGUCUCCCGAAAACGUCGCCCCCGGUGGCAAAGAGCAGGGCCGGAGGGAGGCCGGCGUCCCGGACAACGACUUCAAGGUGGAGAUUACCUGGGGAGCCCAGGACGAAGAGAUGUGGAGGAAGCUCUCUUUCCGACAUUGGCCCACACUCUUCAGCUAUUACAACCACACUUUGGCAAGGAAGUACGUCAGCAUUCUGCCCAUCAUCCCCGUCUCCUUCCACCUGAGUCUGCAAGAUGCGAUGGAUGCCAGGCACCCUCUGGACACCAAGCGAUACCAUUCCCUGUUCCCGGCCGGUUACGGAGAGACCAGGGAUUUAAACAAGCCGGGGAUCGCCAGGGAUCCAAACAAACAGCAGGCUCCCUCCAAACCGCAUGUUCAUCUGGACAUCACUCUCUACAAGGUUGGAGCGCUUGGCCUGGCGUCGGGAGUCCUGCUUGUCGUUCUGCUCUUCUGCUUGUACAAAGUGUUCUGUCCAAAGACCUACGGCCAAGGUGGUCUUUCCCACGGGAGGAGGAGACGUGGAGAACUCCCCUGUGAUGACUAUGGCUACUCGCCACCCAUUAGUGAGACCUUGCCACUCAUAUUGAAGGGGCAUUUAAUGGAUAUUGAAUGCUUGGCAAGUGAUGGAAUGUUGUUGGUCAGCUCCUGCCUGUCUGGGCAGAUCAGAGUGUGGGAUGCACAGACCGGUGAUUGUCUCACUGUGAUAUCAAACUCCAGGCAAUGGAGAGAGAGCGGUGUUCUCCUCGAGCGGCAGCAGAGCCGGGAAUACAUAUCGGAUCCUGAAAACGGAGAGGAUGAUGUGUAUGAGAAUGGAUACAACUUCCAGAGGCAGCUAACCUCUCCGCAGCCCCUUCUCUUCACUGACCAGCCUGACCUAUCCAGCUUUAUAGACACCAACUUUGCCGAGCAGAUGAAAGAAGACCACACGGCUCCCAGGCAGAGAAUUAUCUCCGAGUGUUCGCAAGAGACAGGCUACGACUUUGGCCGGGCGUACGACAAGGCGUACGAGGACCAUAUGAUGCUCAACGCGCAAAACCUGCGGGGUUUCCCGUCCCGCCCAGCGCCCGUCAAGUCCCAAACGUCAGUGAGCCUGAAGUCACAGGGCUGGGACGUCGGCUGCAACCACCGCAGGAGAAGUCUCGGUGAUGAGCCCUUGGCCGUGUACGAGAUGGCCUCUGCCCUGCCCGUGGGCGGUGGGGACGGUGAAAGCUCUGUGUGGAGUCUGGGCAUACAGGGCAACCUCAUCGUGACCGGACGGAGUGACGGCAGGCUCCAGGUGUGGAACGCUACAGAUGGAUUGCUUCGCUGCAGCGACGAGGAGGGCUCGUCAGGGAUAACUGCACUGGCUUUCAUCACAAACAGAAUUGUUGCAGCCAGACUGAAUGGUUCAUUAGAUUUCUAUUGUUUAGAUACCAAUAAGACUUUUAAUCAGCUUCAAUACAGAGGGACCCCCAACAGGUCCAGCAUUCCAUCGUCGCCAGUUUUCAGCAGUGACGAUCUCAUUGUUUGCCAGCUGACCCACGCCGUUCCCUGUGCGCAUCAGAAGCCCAUCACGGUCCUGAAGGCUGCGGCUGGCCGUGUGGUGACGGGUAGCCAGGACCACACACUCAGAAUAUUUCGACUUGAGGACUCGUGUUGCCUUUAUACGUUGCAGGGCCACUCUGGAGGGAUCACUGCCGUUUACAUAGACCAGACGAUGACGCUGGCCAGCGGGGGGCAGGACGGAGCUGUGUGCCUGUGGGACGUGUUGACGGGAAGCCGCAUCAGCCACAUGCACGGCCAUCGCGGUGACGUGGUCUCCCUCACCUGUACCUCCAGCUGCGUCAUCAGUGGCGGCCUGGACGACAUCAUCUGUAUGUGGGACCGCAGCACUGGGAUCAAGCUCUACUCCAUCCAGCAAGACAUGGGAUGUGGGGCCAGCCUGGGGGUGAUAUCGGACAACCUGCUGGUGACGGGAGGUCAGGGCUGUGUCAGCCUGUGGGACAUUGGCUACGGGGACCUGCUGCAGACGGUGUACCUGGGCAAACGCAACGAGCUGCAGCUGGUGCGGCAGCUGCUGGUGCUGGACAACGCCGCCAUCGUGUGCGACUUUGGCAGCGAGCUCAGUCUCGUCUACUUCCCCUCCGUCCUGGAGAAGCUGGACUGAGCCCACCACCGCCACGGACCCCGCCUCGUAGCGCAUGACUGGAGACGCCAUACACUGGAUGAUCAUUCGACGACACGGGGAGAACGCUGCACGAUAACCCUGGCUGGCCGGCCUUCACUCUGCGGCAACUGGCUGAAACAAAGCAAGAUUUUAAUUUUAUAAUUUAUGUAACAAAGCUUGAGAACAGCAUGGUGCAGCAGGAAUAAGCCUGCCCUGCAAAGAGCACUUGGUUGGCACAACUAGCACGUUAUAGUAAUCAGGCCCGAUAUUAUUUGUUCUCACAAUAUCGCUUCAUGUGAAUCAGGCAUAAACUGUGACGCAAGGAAGAUAGAGCAGAGAUAUUUUUUAAAUCAAAUUUUUUUUUUAAAGUGCAUUAAAGGAUUAUAAAUUUUAAGAAAAUGCUGCGUUUAGCGAUGUUUAAAAAAAAAAGUUUAAGAAAGAACUGCAGAUGCUGAAAAAAUCGAAGGUAGACAAAAAUGCUGGAGAAACUCAGCGGGUGAGGCAGCGUCUAUGGAGCGAAGGAAAUAGGUGACGUAUUGGGUCGAGACCCUUCUUCAGACUGACGUGGGGGUUGGGAGGGGGCGGGAAGAAGAAAGGAAGAGGCGGAGACAGUGGGCAGUGGGAGAGCUGUGAAGGGGAGGGGAAGGAGGGGGAGAAAGCAGGGACUACCUAAAAUUGGAGAAGUCAAUGUUCAUACCGUUGGGGUGUAAACUACCCAAGCGAAAUACGAGGUGCUGCUCCUCCAAUUUGCGGUGGGACUCACUCUGGCCAUGGAGGAGGCCCAGGACAGAAAGGUCGGAUUCGGAAUGGGAGGGGGAGUUGAAGUGCUGAGCCACCGGGAGAUCAGGUUGGUUAUUGCAAACUGUGCAGAGGUGUUGGGUGAAACGAUCGCCAAGCCUGCGCUUGGUCUCACCGAUAUAGAUUAGCUGACACCUAGAGCAGCGGAUGCAAUAGAUGAGGUUGGAGGAGGUGCAGGUGAACCUCUGCCUCACCUGGAACGACUGCUUGGGCCCUUGGAUGGAGUCAAGGGGGGAGGUAAAGCGACAAGUGUGGCAUUUCCUGUGGUUGCAAGGGAAAGUGCCCGGGUAGGGGGUGGUUUGGGUGGGAAGGGACGAAUGGACCAGGGAGUUACGGAGGGAACGGUCUCUGCGGAAAGCCGAAAGGGGAGGGGAUGGGAAGAUGUGGCCAGUGGUGGGAUCCCGGCGGAUUGGGAUCGGUUUUUAAUGAGCGGAAAGAAAUAUCGCCAGGUUGCAGCUAAAGUCAGCAAAACCCAGCGAGGGUUUGUCCACAUUCUGUAAAGGGCCUGUCCCACUUACGCGAUUAUUUCCAGCGACUUGCCGCUGCCCGGCAUAGUCGCAGCAGGUGGCCAAACAUUUUCCAACGUUGAAUAUCCAGACAAAAAUGUUCAACAUGUUGAAAAUCCAGCGGGUGACCUGAACAAGGUACGACUCUUUGGGCGACUACUCACGAUCGUACAGGCUUCACCCCGCGACAUGUCUUAGAAUAAAGGGGAGGUCAUUUAAGGCUGAGGUGAGAAAAAACUUUUUCACCCAGAGAGUUGUGAAUUUGUGGAAUUCCCUGCCACAGAGGGCAGUGGAGGCCAAGUCGCUGGAUGGAUUUAAGAGAGAGUUAGAUAGAGCUCUCGGGGCUAGUGGAGUCGGGAUAUGGGGAGAAGGCAGGCACGGGUUAUUGAUUGGGUAUGAUCAGCCAUGAUCACAUUGAAUGGCGGUGCUGUCUCGAAGGGCCGAAUGGCCUACUCCUGCACCCAUUGUAAGCACUAAAAGUGCUGGAGUAACUCAGCGGGAACGGCGGCAUCUCUAGAGAGAAGGAAUGGGUGACGUUUCGAGUCGGGACCCUUCUGUUUCCCGUUCUUUAUAGAAAAAUAAAAACGUCACCCAUCUAACAGCUGUGUAUUCUCCUGAUACUAUUUAAAGAUCAUAACUCUGUUUUGUUCCACUUUUUAAUCUCUCGAACAAUUAAUGCUUACCCACAUAAAGGAGAAGAUACUAGAUGAGAAGA